AUCCGGUUCCUGGAGCAACGAACGGCGGCGGCGGUGGCGGAGACAGCUACGGUUUCGGAGGAAGCGGCUGCGGAGGAGGAAGAAGAGGAGCUGGGCAAGGCGAGAGCCACAGGCGGGACCCUCGCCAUGGGUCAGCGGACCUAGAGCGGUGGAAGGUACCGGCCGGGAGCCGAGCUGGCCGCUGCUCCUUCUUGUGGCCCCAUGGCUGAGGACUGGCUGGACUGCCCGGCCUUGGGCCCUGGCUGGAAGCGCCGUGAGGUCUUUCGCAAGUCAGGUGCCACCUGUGGACGCUCAGACACCUAUUACCAGAGCCCCACAGGAGAUAGGAUCCGAAGCAAAGUUGAGCUGACCCGAUACCUGGGCCCUGCGUGCGAUCUCACCCUCUUCGACUUCAAACAAGGCAUCCUGUGUUAUCCAGCCCCCAAGGCCCAUUCCUUGGCCAUCCCCAGCAGGAAGCGGAAGAAGCCUUCAAGGCCAGCCAAGGCUCAGAAACGUCAGGUUGGACCUCCGAAGAGCGAAGUCAGGAAGGAGGCCCCAAGGGAUGAGACCAAGGCUGAUGCUGACACAGCCCCAGCUUCGCUUCCUGCGCCUGGGUGCUGUGAGAACUGUGGAAUCAGCUUUUCAGGGGAUGGAACCCGACGGCAGCGGCUCAAGACUCUGUGCAAGGACUGCCGAGCACAGAGAAUUGCUUUCAACCGGGAGCAGAGGAUGUUUAAGCGUGUGGGCUGCGGGGAGUGUGCGGCCUGCCAGGUGACGGAAGACUGCGGGGCCUGCUCCACCUGCCUUCUGCAGUUGCCCCACGAUGUGGCCUCGGGGCUGUUCUGCAAGUGUGAGCGGAGACGGUGCCUCCGGAUUGUGGAAAGGAGCCGAGGGUGUGGAGUGUGCCGGGGCUGUCAGACCCGAGAGGACUGUGGCCGUUGUCGAGUCUGCCUUCGCCCUCCCCGCCCUGGUCUCAGGCGCCAGUGGAGGUGCGUCCAGCGGCGUUGCCUGCGGCACCUUGCACACCGCCUCCGCCGCCACCAUCAGCGAUGUCAACGACGCCCUCCCCUAGCUGUGGCUCCCCCUGCUGGUAAACACGGCCGCCGCAGGGGAGGCUGCGACUCCAAGGUGGCUCCCCGGCGGCGCCCCCCCCGCACCCAGCCACCGCCUGCACUUCCGCCCUCGCAGCCUCCAGAGUCUCCAGAGCUGCACCCCAGAGCCCUGGCCCCCUCGCCACCUGCUGAAUUCAUCUAUUACUGUGUAGACGAGGACGAGCUACAGCCUUACACGAACCGUCGGCAGAACCGCAAGUGUGGGGCCUGUGCAGCCUGCCUGCGGCGGAUGGACUGUGGCCACUGCGACUUCUGCUGUGAUAAGCCCAAAUUCGGGGGCAGCAACCAGAAGCGCCAGAAGUGUCGUUGGCGCCAGUGCCUGCAGUUUGCUAUGAAGCGGCUGCUGCCAAGUGUCUGGGCAGGGUCUGAGGAUGGCGCCGGGCCACCCGCACCUUACCCGCGUCGAAAGAGGCCUGGCUCUGCUCGAAGGCCCCGUCUGGGUCAGACCCCGAAGCCUCCCUUGGCCACGCCCAUGGCCCAACCAGACCGUGCCCGGUCUCCAGUGAAGCAGGAAGCAGGCAGUGGCUUUGUGCUGCCCCCGCCUGGCACCGACCUCGUGUUCUUACGGGAGGGUGCAAGCAGUCCUGUGCAGGUGCCUGGCCCAGCUCCAGCUUCCACAGCAGCUCUGUUACAGGAGGCCCAGUGCCCUGGCCUGAGUUGGGUCGUGGCCUUACCCCAGGUGAAGCAAGAGAAGGCGGAUGCCCAGGAAGACUGGACACCGGGCACAGCCAUCCUGACUUCUCCUGUAUUGCCGCCUGGCUGCCCCAGCAAGGCAGUAGACCCAGGCCUGCCACCUGUGAAGCAAGAGCCACCUGACCCUGAGGAGGACAAGGAGGAGGAGAACAAGGAUGACUCCACCUCUGACUUGGCCCCAGAGGAGGAGGCAGGAGGGGCUGGCACGCCCGUGAUCACGGAGAUUUUCAGCCUGGGUGGAACCCGCCUCCGGGACACAGCAGUCUGGUUGCCAAGGUCCAAGGACCUUAAAAAACCUGGAGCUAGAAAGCAGUAGACUGGAGGCUUCUGCAGACUGUAGGACUCAAGGUGAUAUUUACAGACCGACUUUAUGAGAGACAACACUGAUCUGCUCAGAGGCUGGACCAUAGAUGGAUUGCCAGGGCUUGUGUGGGAGUCAGUAGGAACUGGGAAAACCUACCACCAAACCAGAGGAGCAGGCCUGUUCAGUACUUUGAGCUUAUAGAGGAAGUAAGCAGAAAAGGAAGGAAAAGAGUAGAAAGUUGGUGCAUCUGCUCCAACCGGUGCAAAUCCCAAGAGCCUGAGUGUGAUAAGAAGUGUGGAUAUUAAGGAUGGGGGAGUUGGGAUGGGAGAGCGGAUGUAAUUAAAGCCACCUUCAGCCUAAACAAGCCGUCAUCAUAAUAAUUUUAAAUGCAUUUGGAUGAGACCUGGCCGUGUCUCUAAACAUUUCCUCGGGGAGACAGCAGUUGGGAAUGUAAUGUGAAUAAAUGAGGAAAGGAACUGCUAUUUGGUGAGUUCCUCCCAUGGACCUAGUUUAGUCCUCAGAAACAUCUUUCUAGAAAGGCAUUGGUUUUGCCCAUUUUUGCAGACGGGAAAACUGAGAUGCAGAGAAACUACAUAACUUGUCCAGUGUCGAACAGCUAAUAUUGAUAGAGCCUAGAAUCAGACCCAGGUUGUAAAAGCCUUGUCCUAAGUUAAGCCACUAAACUGUAAACUAUAACCUAUAUCCAAUAGUGUGUAAUAAUGUUAUAUUAACGGAAGUUUCCAGUGACCUUGAAGACAAGGUGGAUUACUCUAAGCUUUAUAACAAACCCCUUAACACUGCUGCCCUUAGGGUGGUUUAGGGAGCACCAAGGCAUUGUGGAUGGUGCCACCUUAUCAGAGCACCCGUGCCUCCUGAGACUGGGUUCUUCCCAGGCCUUGGGUGCUGCAUAGAUAGGAUCCCUCAAACCCAAAAGGGCAUCUUUCCCUAUUGGCGCUGCUUGUUACCGUCACUCCCCGUCCUCGGCCAAAGCAGUCUUCAGAAGUAAAGCUCCUGGCCUGGCUCAUCAUUCCUCACAACUCGAAUCGCCUGUCCCUUGGUGACCUUUGUGCUUGGUUUCUGCUCUCAGCCCCUAUCUACUAGGAGUCUGAGUUCCUGCUUCAAGUCCUGCCUAAGGGCCAGUCUUGGCUCAGCCCUGCCUCACUUUCCAAUUCUGCAUAAAGUGCCAAGAAGAUUAGACCUGUGAUUCAUUACUUAGUUAGCUUUACAGUGCCAGGACUGAGUGCAUGCCUCCCUCAGAUUUUGUAGCCUAUGUGCUUCGCUUGCCUUACUCUAGUCCCAGCCCUGCAGGUUUAGAUAAUUCAGAUGUAGAUUAAAGUUUUCUCUAGUUUAACUCAUUAUAUAGCCCUCUGCCACCCUCCUCUGCUCCUUCCUUUGCCUCACCCUGCCUACUUCAGCCAGAGGCAAGACUGGAUAAUUUUCUUGAUACUGUUUUGCUCCCCCCUCCCCCCGCCAGGAUCCAACCACUCAACCCUAGUAUUCUAGUGGUAUUUUGACAGUGAUGUCCUAAGUGAAAUUUAUUUGAAUAGCAUUCUGAUUCAUGAGAUAAGAGUCUGGUUAUUGUGUGUAUGAGGAUACAGUCAGAAAAGCAGCACCACUAAUAUAAAGAUUUUAUGUAUAUAUGUACAUAUAAAUAUGUAUAUUAUGUUAAAAGAUUUAUUGUAGGGAUUUGACCUUAUGCAGUUGUGGGAGCUGGUUGAACAGUCUCUGUAAGGCUGUUGUUUUUACAUCUAAUGCUGGAGC